UCUUUGAUGUAAGAAGUCUUACAAAAUCAACUUCUUUAGCCUUAGGUGGAAUUGGAAAAAGCAGUAACUUAACUACAAAGUUACUGGUGUAUUUUUUCCAACAUGUGUUUUCUCUUUAAGGGUGAUGGGGAAACAAACUGAAGUGAGAAUAAUGUAUUAGUGCAUUGUUUUAGUGUAAAAACUACAAAUCCCAGCAUGCGCUUUGAGUUCCAGUUAUGUCACGUGACUCCCGCGGCAUGUAAACAUUAAACGACGCGGCUGGUUACAAACAUCUCGUGUCUUUGCGUCUGCUUUAACGUUGUUACUUUAUCCCGGAGACGGAGUAAAAAAAGACAGGAUGGAAAUUGAAAAGGCUCGUCCAUAUUUCUUUGGAGACAUCGGCUGCUGGUCAGAGAGAACAGAGGUGCACAAGGCGGCGUCCCUCGGCCAGACCUCCCAGCUGCAGCGUCUCAUCCAAAGCGGAGCUUCAGUCAAUGUGGUGGCAGUGGACUCCAUCACGCCGCUGCACGAGGCCUGCGUCCGCGGACAGGCCCAGUGUGUCCGGCUGCUGCUGGAUGCUGGAGCCCAGGUGGAUGCGAGGAACGUAGACGGGAGCACCCCGCUGUGUGACGCCUGUUCGGCUGGUAGUUUGGAGUGUGUUAGGCUCCUGCUGGAUCAUGGCGCCAAGACCAACCCCGCCCUCACCUCCCGCACGGCCUCGCCCCUCCACGAGGCCUGCAUGGGAGGAAACUCUGACUGUGUGAAGCUCCUGAUUGCCAUGGGUGCUUGCCUGGAGGCGUACGACCUUUACUACGGGACCCCGCUACAUGUGGCUUGUGCUAACGAACACACAGACUGUGUUAAAGAGCUGCUCAAUGCAGGUGCUAAAGUGAAUGCAGCCAGGCUACAUGAGACUCCGCUGCACCACGCUGCUAAAAACACGCGGGUUGAGAUGGUAAAGAUACUGGUGGAGUUCGGGGCAAACAUCUACGCCCGAGAUCAGCACAACAGGAAACCUGUGGAUUACACCACGCCCGGCUCUCCCUCUGCAACCUGCCUACACUUUUACGAGACCACCCCCAUGAACCUGCAGCAGCUCAGCAGGAUGGCAAUGAGGAAGACGCUGGGCACCAGAGCUCUGGAGGUCAUCGGUCAACUCAACGCACCAAAACUCAUCAUCAGCUACCUCUGCUAUCAGUGAGUGGCACCCAGAGGACGACCAGUUGGAGCAAUGUUCAGAAGAGCCCGGGAAUGUUCAAAGAGCUGCUGCACAGAUGGGAGAAAAAAACAGCAAAGGUGCCACUGCGUUAGACAUGAUUAUAGUAGACACACUGUUUAGUCAUAAGCACAAUGCUUCUCUUCAAAGCUGCACUUUGACCUCAAGACUUGGCAAGUUAAAAGUACCAGUGGGGCCGAGACAGAGAGGAGUAUCCCAGCUCCUCUGUUGGAACUGUUGAAGUUCUGGAUUUGCCCAAAAUGAAAUUCAUUCAUUGUGUUCACACUCUAUUGACUUGUCGUUCGGUUCCAGAUGUGGAUCGUGGAUCCGGACUUUGAGAAGCCCCCGUCUGUGAUGCAAACAUACUGAUACAUGCUGACACAGGAAAUGAUAAUCCUAAAAUAGAAACCCAAAUUGUCUCCUUAACAGCCACUUCUUGUGGAAAAAAGCUGCUCUCACCACAGCUCCCUUUUGGUUUCCUUCACUGUAAACUAUCACGGUCACUAGCUUGGGUUGAUAAACAUGAGUACGCCGUGAUAAGAUGAUUUUAAAUUUCUUUGCAGCAAAGUGCAGCAGAUAAAAGUCUUAAACAGCAUUUCAUGUUUGAAUAAAUAGAAGCGUAACUUGCACUACAAGAAAAGACUGUACUUCUAAUAUGAGAGAUCAUUUUAGAUGUUUUUUUUCCAUUUGAACUAGAGAACAAGUGUCAAAGCUCAGGGAGAGGAAGAAGACAAAUGGCAUGGUUUUUAGUAGAGAUGGUCCGAUACCGAUUCCGAUACCUGAACUUGCUUAUCGGCUGAUACUGAGUAAUGAUCUAUACCAGUGUGUCAUAUAUUUUAUUAUGUUUUAACAGCUGUACACUACUAUCCCUGUAUGGAUGUGAUAUGAUUUCUAUUUUUGUUGUACGGCCUGGCUCGGGUUGAACUUUUGAUGAAACAUGAACAAACUCGAACAAUGAACGCCGUAGAACUUUCUUUGAUUAUCCAUUUUGACAGUCAGUCAUAACGGAAAAAGAACACAAAUAAAGUACUUUAAAGUAGAUUUUCUUCUGGGUUAAAUUACGUGGUACCGGUGCAUAAACUGCAGUACUUUCAGAUACCGAUACCAACAUUUUAGGCGGUAUCGGAGGCUUUUCAGAUGUUUGUAUCAGGAUCAGAACAUCUCUAGUUUUUUGGCAACGGAGGCAACAUCAGUAGUCAGUUUUUUACUCAACUAAAGGUUUCUGGAUUGAAUCCUGGACUUGCCGAGGAAGUGAAUGCACGUCACCAAACUCGCCGGCGUACCGUAAAUUCUGAGUAGCAGUUAAAAUGUGAAAUAAUUGAGACAUCGCGUGCUCAGUCAACAUUCCCUGGAGAACAAAUGGCUGUUCCCUUUUAAAAAUGUAACAUCCAGAGGAAUACCAAGCAGUGCUGCUGUCACAGCGGCACUCAGUGAAGCUCUCCAGAUGCUGCUUGGCUUCAUCUCAGAUUCCUGUGAUUCACCCCCCGCGCCUAGAGAAAGCCUUUUGUUUAAUACAGACACCAACGUUUCAAGGAGACCGCGAUCCUGGCUGCCUAUUUAUAGUUUCGCUAAAUCUGCCUACAGAGAUUGGACCCAGAGGUCUUAGUAUUUUUAGAAGGAAGUACAGGAAGUUAUUUAUGAAUUCCAUAAAGGGCUUCAGAUUGCUGUAUUGGCUGUCUUCUCAGUUGACCUGUUUUGGAAGUUUUUUCCAUUAUGAUUAACAAUUUUUCACAUUUACAACAUGAACACAUCCCCUUCCCCCCUCCUUCCCUCUCUCCUCCUUCCCAUGGAGCGUUCCCUUUAAAGACUUAAAAUACCUGACCCUGAUACAUACAGUAGCUGAUAGCUUUCUACUUCUGGCUCCUCAACAGCAGAAGGGACUGGAAAAAAAAACAGAGAGGAGAAUAGGACAGGUAUGCAGGGAAUGUACAGUUAUCUAAGAUGAGAAAUUAUCCUUUGCUCCAAAAUAGGAAUGUUGAACUUCAGGUUGAGGAACAGAGUGGUUGGCUUGUUUUGAAACCUUCCCUCCUGGUACGUUAGAUUAAACGGCACUGGCUGUUCUUUUUGUGUAAGAAUUGUCACAUUAAAGGGAAUAAAGUCA